AGUCCACUAAAUUGUUAAAAGGGAAUAUUUCAUGUUCACGUGAAUUAAAAAUAUUCGAAAAAUAAACCCUCAUCGGUACAUUUUUGAAAUAUACUCGUAAAAACCAAAUAUACAUUUGAAAAAGAAACUUUAAUCAUGGACAUCAAUCGUAAUAAGAAUUUGAAGAGGUGCACAGAUAUCGUUUGGCUUGUUUUGUUAUUAACGUUUUUGGCUUUGCUUAUAUUAAUUGCAGUGAUAUCGAUCAACAACAGUGGCUACAAUGCCAUAAUAAAAGGUCAUGAUAGUUUUGGCAACAUAUGUGGUUCAAAGGAUAACGUAAACUAUGCAAAUUUUUCCCAAUCUGGAUUAGAUACAACCCAAUUACCAUAUUUAUAUUACAUGGAUAUUUUCAAUAUUCCACUUGUUUUUAAAAUUUGCCUUGAAAACUGUUUCAUUGAUACCCAUUAUUUCCAUGAGGUAGCUAUUGAUUUUUGGAGAGAAUUUGAAAAUUACCGCUGUGAUUAUCAAAUUACUGGCAUUAAAGCAUCAGAUGCAACCAUUAUACGGUAUUGCCCUAAUGAAAAUGUUUUCAAUAGGUAA